UCAUAAACAAUAUUGAUGUGCCCUGGGGCAAGCAUUCAAAAGUGAGAUAAUGAUUUCAAGUCGCAUACUGUGAUAUCCAAUAUGUCCCCUGUACCUGAAUGCAUCAUAAAGCUCCUCCCAAACCAGAAGUGAAACCAGUUGAAUUUUGCACUUGAAAUCCACGAGCUUCUCAUAUGGAUGUAUUAUAAGAACUGGAUGUAUACGGCUUCGCUUGUCAGACCAUUUUUACUUAACUAUCCUGUAAUUUUCUCAACGGCUGUCGACCGAGCAGUGAGACAAAGGCUCACCUGACAGACCUUACUCAGGAAAUCUGCCACACAGAUAGCCGUGUGUUGAUUGAAUCAGUCUCACGAUCGUUGAAUCGCUGGUGUGCUGCUGUGCAAAUAUUAGCUGCCUUCAUUAACAAAAGUUAGUUGUGGUCUGUCACACGUAAGCAUCAUGCUGGCACCACAGGCGGAUCGGGUCAUGGCACUUGGAGAAUGGGAGGAGCGCUGGCAGAAUGACAGAAUUGGUUUCCAUCAGCCUCAUGUACACAAGAUGCUGGAGAGCAACAUCGAAAGAGUCCUUGCAGGACGAACUGGAGUUCGCUUCUUCUUUCCUCUCUGUGGGAAAGCUGUAGAUAUGAAGUGGCUAGCAGACAUGGGCCAUUCAGUGGUAGGGGUAGAGAUAUCUGAAAAGGCUAUAAAACAGUUCUUUGAGGACAACAAUAUGACCUACAGCGAGGAGCCUGUUCCUGCCAUACCUGGAGCAAAGGUUUUCAAGGGCUCAGAGAAAAACAUCUCCCUGUAUCAAUGUGACCUGUACAACUUCUCAAGUUCCAUCGGAGGUCAGUUCGGGGCCAUUUGGGACAGGGGAGCUCUAGUGGCCAUCAACCCAAGAGACAGAGAAAAGUAUGCUGCACUCAUCAUUUCUCUUAUGGCCAAAGACUGCAGAUACCUUUUGGAUACUCUGUUGUACAAUCCUGAAUUGUACAAAGGUCCUCCCUUUUUGGUGCCUGACGAGCAGGUGAACAGCCUGUUUGGAAACAGCUGUGAUGUGGAACGGCUGCAGUCUUUCGAUUCACUGACAGACAGACAGCGAGACUGGGGGCUGGACUACCUGAAUGAACAUGUACACAUCAUCACUCCAAAGAGCAUUUAAACACUAACUUGCUAGAUCAUAAAGCUUAGAAAGGCAAAGGCAUUUAAUUGCAAAAGCCGUUACUUUUUUUAAUGCUUGCACGCCUUUUUGAUAAAAUUCCAUUUUGGUGGGGGAAUCAAGCUGCAAGGAAAUAUAAUGUCAAGAAAGUAUUUUGAAUGCCUCAUCAAAUAAAACAUAUUUUGUGACAA